AUGGCAGAUUCUACACUUCUGAGAGAUAUAACAAUUAAGACAGGUGUUGUGAAACGUUUGGUAAAGGAAUUAUGUUAUUAUGAGAAGGAAGAAGAGAAGUUAAUGGUCAAAUUGCAAACAAUGCAAAGUGGUGGUGAUGCUGACGAACAUAUCAUUAAGAAACAGACGGAAUUGCUUCAGGAAACAAAGCAAAUGAUACCGGAAUGUGCUCGACGAUUGAUGAAUUCAAUUGAGAGUUUGAAAAAAAUAAUUGGUGAACAUAAAGCGGUAUUACAGGAUACACCGGAAUAUAUUGCUGCUGCAGAACAAAUUAAAACCGGUACAGAAGAAUGCAUGAAAAUCAAGGAAGCGGCACGAAUAAAUUGA